CAUAACUCCAUUUUCUUUUUACAAUUGGUAAAUAACUAUAUUUUUACAAGUCUACAAAAACUAGCUUUUUAUUUUAAGUUUUUAACCAUUAGAACCAAAAUAUUAUAAUUCCUUAGGGUGUGUUUAUACUAAUAGUAGUGAAAUCACAUUACCAUUUAUUUGUUAAUUUAAAACAAAAUUUCCAUUUUUUCUAAAAGUGUUUUUAUGUUUUUCUUUAUUUGCGGUGAAAAAAAGAAAAAAAAGCAGGACCGGCCACAAUAGAAGAGACGAAUCCAACGGCCCAGAUUAAAUCUUGGUUCCAAAUUUCACUCUUUUCCUCUAAAACGCAUUUAUCACUUUCCCCUCAUUAAGACUCAAAAUUCAUUCAUUCGUCGUCCUCUCUCGCUUGACCUGAUUCUCAAAUCCAAAACCGUUUUCUCUCUUUUUGAUCAGAUCUCAGAUCUUUUCUCUUUGAAAUCGAUUCUCUCUAGGAACAACAAUGGCGGUUUCUGCGCGUGAAGAGUUCGUUUACAUGGCUAAGCUCGCGGAGCAAGCUGAGAGGUACGAAGAGAUGGUAGAGUUUAUGGAGAAAGUCUCCGCCGCCGUCGACGGCGAUGAACUCACCGUUGAAGAGCGAAAUCUUCUCUCCGUCGCUUAUAAGAACGUGAUUGGUGCUCGCCGUGCCUCGUGGCGUAUCAUCUCAUCGAUCGAGCAGAAAGAAGAGAGCCGCGGUAACGAUGACCACGUCACGGCGAUCCGUGAUUACAGGUCUAAGAUCGAGACGGAACUCUCCGGAAUCUGCGACGGAAUCCUCAAGUUGCUUGACUCUAGACUCAUCCCUGCCGCUGCUUCUGGUGAUUCCAAGGUCUUUUACCUGAAGAUGAAGGGAGAUUAUCACAGGUACUUGGCUGAGUUCAAGACUGGUCAAGAGAGGAAAGACGCCGCUGAACACACACUCUCCGCCUACAAAUCUGCUCAGGAUAUUGCUAAUGCAGAGCUUGCUCCUACUCACCCAAUUCGUCUUGGUCUUGCAUUGAACUUCUCUGUGUUCUAUUACGAGAUCCUCAAUUCUCCUGAUCGUGCUUGCAACCUCGCCAAACAGGCCUUUGAUGAAGCGAUUGCAGAGUUGGACACUCUUGGUGAAGAGUCAUACAAAGACAGUACCUUGAUCAUGCAGCUUCUUCGUGACAACCUCACUCUCUGGACAUCCGAUAUGCAGGAUGAUGCCGCGGAUGAGAUCAAGGAAGCAGCAGCGCCAAAACCGACCGAGGAACAGCAGUGAUCUUUUGAGUGAAACUGCUAGUUUUCUAGGGUUUGGAAUUUCUUCUCUUUCGUCCAUAUGUUUUCUUAAUCACCUAAGAGGUCGCUCUUGCCAUUUCGCUUUAUCUUCAAGCUUAUUCAUUCAUCAUAUUUGUGGCAAGUCCGAACCAUCUUUUAUCUUCUUUUUUUUUGCAUGAUUUUCUUUCUCUCUUUUUUUUUUUUUUGUUAUCGAUUUCAGUGUCUAUGCAAUCGAACCUUGCUUUGUUUUCUCAUCAAUUUGAAGAUCAUAAAGUCUCUCGUCUCUUAUCUUGUUGCUUAGAUUGUUUGUUGUCAAUUUUUAAAGGGGACUAGUU